GGCGGAGGAGGAGGGUGUGAUCUGGUGGUGCAACCGUCGCUCGCGUCUCUGUGGGGCUUGUUGCUGGCCGGGCCUGCGUUGCCACAGGGCUGGACAGGGCGACACAAAGCCUUUGGCUCCAGCCCUGGGAGAGGGAGAGCGAGCGAGCGAGUGCGCGCCUGGCACGGGCUGCGACUGUGGCUGGCACGGCGAGGAGGGGAGCCGGAGCGCAGCGGGUUAACGGCGCCGCUCCAGCCCCAGCUUCUGCCUCUGGGGAAGGGAAGCAGCAGAAGAAGGGAAGGGGGCGGCGCCUCGCCCGGGAGCGCGGCACACCGCGCCGCAUCUGCCGGGCGCAUCUUGCGGACAAGCUGGCCCUGCUGCGCCCCGGCCCGCACCGCCGGCAUGAGCGCGCCGGGGAAAGCGCGCCGCGAGCGGGGCAGCCUGGCCGAGUACGAGACGCAGGUGAAAGGUAAGACGGGGGGGGGGGAUCCUGGGGAGGCGGCGGCCGAGGGAGGUGCGCGGGCUGCAGUGGGGGAGCCGGGGGCGCGGGCGAGGCUGCGCGGGGAGAAGGGGGCAGCCGGCGACGCCUGCGGGCCGGACAAGGGGCAUCGCUGCGCGGGGAGGGCCGGGGGUGGGGCUGCGGACGCAAGGGCAGGCCAGGGGUGGGGAGGGCAUUGUGUGCCAGGGGAGGCAUUUGCCGGCCGGGGUGGGCAGCUGUCGGGUGGCCGCUGCGCCAACGCAGCGCCGAGGGGCGGGCGUCGGGAGCAGCCAGCCGGACAUCUGCCUGCAGGUGCAAGUGGCGGCGGCGGCGGCAGCGCGCUCUCCUGGCCCCCCUGGGCCUCGCUCGGGGGCGCGGGGGACCAGGGCGCCGUUGCUCAUCCGUCCUCAGCUGCGUGACCGACCUCCAGCCGGCCAGGGGCCUCCCCACCGCCCACACGCCACCCCCUUCGGGUGCUCCCGCGUCAAAUACCAGCCGCGCUGGAUUUCACUGCAGCUGCAUUUAUAUGGCUGCGAGAGGAACGCUGUCUCUGUCUCUCUCUCCCCCCACCCAAACCUAGAGAAAUGUGACCCAGAUUUUGUAGACGGGAGAAUAUUGUUGCUGGUGGUGGCGAGGCGUGACUGCAAACUCGGGUUCUUAGCGGGAGAGACGUGGUCGAGGGGUUGUAGGCAAGAGGUGAGGUUCUGAAGGUGCAGAAAAAAGAAAACGGUGCGCCGUGCCCGCGUGCCGAACUGACAGGAAAAGGACCCGGGCGUCCUCUGCCUCCCUGUAACCUCCCUCGCCUGUAAAACACUAAUUUCCACUUCCCCUGUUAAGACACCCUUGCACAGCAAAGCUGUUGAUUGUAACGCAACAUCCCUUCUUGGGUUCCGGUCGUUCAACUUCCUUUAGGCUGGGUGAGUUGAUCAGCCAGCAACGAUUCUCUCUCUGCCCCAGCGCUCCUCUGCUGCUCACCUCCUCCUCAGGAUCACAGCACCAUUCUGGACCUGCCUAGGCUCACUGCUAUCUUACAACAAACCUCGACUGCCAACUCAAAGCCCUUCUGGGGCUCAAAAUGUUACAAGCACAGGCACCAGCCAUCCUGGCACCAAGGCAGUGGCCCUUGUCCCACUAGCAGGGCUGGUUCAAGGCGUUUUGGGUAUCGGAGCCAGGAAGGCCAAGUGGUCCCAGCACCACACGCAGCAGUUGGCGUGGGGCACAAUUUCGUUGAGAUGCUCUUGUCCUCUUGCAUGUGCCCUGCGAAACGACAGUUCAUCUUAAUGGAUAUUUGCACAGUGCAUUGGAGCCUAGCUGGUCACCUCUGUACAUGCACACCAUAUAUUCCCAGAGUGGCUUAAAAACGAGUCCCUCUUCCCAGGGAGUGCUGGGAACGGCAGCUCUGUGAGGGGAAGAGGGGUCUCCUAGCAACUCUCAGCAGCACCCGUAGCAAACUGCAGUUCCCAAGACGUUUUGCAAGGGGAGAGGAGCCAUGACGGUCAAAGUGGGUUUAAUAGGGCUUUAAAUGCAUGGUGCAGAUGGGGCCUUGUCUCCCUUUCUGCCACUGAAAAAUAUACAAGGCGGAAGGCAGUGGUGGACCUACGCUUCUGGGGCCCUGAAGCUUGAAGUGUCAUGGGGGCCCCUUUGCAACCAGCAACAAGGUCUGGGGAACCGCUGUUCUCUUCUUCAGUGGGGUUGUUCCACGACAGGCCACCACACUUUACAAUAUCUGUGCUACUAACUCUCAAACUUUGGGAUUGUUACAAUAUAUACAACAACAAAAAUUGAUCAAUUUUACACAAAUCAGUGUGCCUCAAAUUAGAUCUACUAGACCCCAAAAUUUUAAGCAAGGUGGACUUAAGUCACUUCUGGGGCCCUUCUGGGAUUAGGGGCCCUGACGCUUAAGCUUCAUUAGUUUCAUAACAGACCUGCCCUGCCUGAAGGAGCUGCUUUGUCUUAUGGCAGCAGCCUCUCCCUGCUACUAGGUCUAAUUUCCUCUUUGAGUACCGCGCCAGACCUCUUGUUACCACUACUCCUAUGCCCCCAAUGCUUUACAAAGCUGGAUACCAUUCCCACGGUUGGUGCCUGCCCCACUCUGCCAUUCUGCAUCUUAGGUGAGCAAGAAUGUUUCAAACUUCAUACUGUAGUAGUAAGGUGCUUUGAGCAAGAGAGAAGCUGAGGUUAAAUAUUCUUGAAAAGCAAACCCCUCUCUCUCCUGCUAACAGAAACUGCCCUGCCAGGAAGCAAAAUGUGGCACAGCUGUGCAGGGCUGGCCCAGGAUGGUUGCUGCCUGAGGCAGAGCAAGAAAUGGCUUAGCCCCCACAACCCACAAGUCAAGCUGCAUAGGACCCAAGUCCAGUUCAGUUAUGUGGCACCUGAGGCAGAACCCCCCCCCCCCCCAGGCAGCAAAAACACAACGCUCAAUAAAUGAAAGAACCAACAACUGCAAACCUUCCUUUCUGCCAGGCAAAUAAAUAGUUCUGCUGCCACCUCAGAUAUUAUGUCAGGUUUUGACUAUUUUGAUUUGACAAACUCACAGGUUUUUACUAAGAUGGUCACUUCAGGGGGCUGUCAUCAUGGAGACGGACACCAAGCAGGGUGUGUGUGUGUGUGUGUGUGUGUGUGUGUGUGUGUGUGGGUGUGUGUGUGUAUGUGAGAGAGAGAGAGAGAGAGGCUGCCCUUUAGCUUCAGGAAGAGAAAAGGCUGAACCAGCCUGUUUUAAAAUGCUGUGAUCUAAAUAUCAGCUGAGGUGGAAGCUGGCAGGUGAACUUUGGUGGAGUUUAUGCCCAACAGACAUUAUUAUUAAUUCCAUACCCUGCCUGUCUGGGUGGGUUGCCCCAACCACGCUGGGUGGCUUCCAUAAUAAAACCAAACAUUAAAACAAAAUUGUUGUUUAUUGUGUAUUUAUUAAGAUGAGUUCUUCCUCAUCCUUCUAUUGCAAUCACAAUAUCCAAAGUGGCUUACAACUUUAUUUUAUUCUUUUUAAAAAUAAGACUACAAAUUUCAAGCAGGGCAAUCAGUGAAACCUCUCCCUCUCUUAAUAAGCCAUGUUUUUAUGAAUGAGAGAGCAAAUAUUGUUUACCUGCGCUGAUGCUGUGGGAUACGGUGGGCUAUAAAUCUGACUGCAGGCCCUUGAACUUCUGACCUCUGCACUUGUCAGUGCAAUCACACACCCCCUUUCCCCCUCCCCUCCUCCGCCACCACCAGGGCCGACUGGUACAGAUGCCUCCAAGAGGGGCUCAAAACGCCUUCCGAUCUUGUCUUUGGUACCAAGCCUCCAGCACCUCCACCUCUACACCAUGUUCUCAUGCAAGUAUUAAGCCAUAUACAGUGGGGGUUGGACCUAGAUCCCCCUAAUUCCCCUCUCUGUCUCUCUGUCUCUCUCUCCAGCCAACUCAUUCCCCUUUCCCCAUUUUCCCAACUGAGCUUUCUCUCUUCCCUCUUGCUCAUUGGGUUGAGUUCAGCUUCCAAGUUGUCAGUUCUGAUUUUUCAGAGGCUUUUGUGAAGAGGGUUGGGGGAAGGGCUGUGGACCAUUUCUCCAUCCCCUCGCUGCUUUGCCUUGGCUUCUGCUGAUAAAACUGGCAAACGAAGGGGUCUCUCUGUGCCCUUGCUUCCUUCUGCUAACCCAGCAGACUCCUAGCUGCCUUGGCCCUGCAGGGCUGCGAGCUUGAACUCUUGCAUCCUGAAGAGAGGAUUGGGGGAGGUUCAGCCAACCCUCUUCCUUUUGUUCACUUUUGCUGUUUUAUUCUUGUUUUGCUGCUUCCUCUACUUCAUUGCGGCCCCUUUUCUCUGUCCAGGCUAUGAAAUAUGCCAUGGGAAGAACAUAAAUGGGAAUUAAGUAAAAUCAAAAUUCUGCACAAUGGCAACCCAAAUCCUUCAUCAACAAAAGCUGAAUCAUGUAUAUAUAGCACCUGGGAUGGCUCAGUGGGUAGAGCAUGAGACUCUUAAUCUCAGGGUCCUGGGUUUGAGCCCCACAGUGGGCAGAAGAUUCCUGCAUUGCAGGGGGUUGGAUGAGAUGACCCACAUGGUCCCUUCCAACUCUACAAUUCUAUGAUUCCAUGUCACCCGGAUAGAUUAUGGAAAUUGAGAAAUUAUGCUGCAUUACUCUUGUACUGCUGAAUCCUGCAGUUUUAUACUGUAUAUAAAAACAUUUUAUGUAAAUCUACCCUUGUUUUGGUAAUCAUGUGGAAAAGUGAGAAUGAUGCAUCUCACUUACUUCCUGACCCCUAGAAAUAUUAUUCAGCCCACACUUUCAGGCACAACUUCACAUUUGUGAGGAUUAGAAACUUGCUUUAAAAAAGCAGCAGGUCAGAUUCCCAGGAAGCUUAAUUGCCCCCUGAUACCACAAUCUGCAUUGUUCCUGCUCUCAUGCAGAACUGCAUCACUUACCCAGUCCCGUUUACAGCACAAACUCUAGGGUAGUUCAUGAUUUCCCAGGUGUGGGCACAGGUGUAUGAAUAUGGCUGUCCAGAACCAAGGGGAGCCAUGUUUUGUAAAGGAACAACUUUCUAUGCAGAUGAAGCCUUAGGCUGCUAUCUUACUGAGAUGAUGUCAGCAAAACUUACUUGCCCACAAAAGUUUUUACUAGCCUGUUUGAUCUCAUAUACCUGGUUAGCCAUCUGCAUCUGAAGUGGAGUGGGGUAUGUCUUCUAAACUAUGAAAGCUUCUCUGCCAAGUCACCUGGAGCAAAUUCUUACAAGCUGCAGGCAACUAGUAACAUGGUUAUUUACAAGCCUGCUGCCCCUGAGUAAAUCAGUCUGUUUCUUAGACCAGCCUUCUCCCACCCACCCUCCAGAUAUUUUGGACUACAAUUCCCAUCAGCCCCAGUCAGCAAAGCCAACAAUCUGGGCUGAUGCGAUUUGUGGUCAAAAACACGUAGAGGGCACCAGGGUGGGGAAGCUGCCUUGGACAAAAUUACCAAGGCCUGUAGUGCACCCAGCUUGGAUGAUCAGCAAUUUGCCCAUUAUCCAGCAUGGCUGGAGCACCUGCAAACCCUUUGUGUGAGAUGCCUGCUGUCUAACACUUGAUGAAUCAAACCAGUCAUAGCUGUACUGUUUGUCUCAGAGCAUCACUUCUUAGGCCCUGCAGUCUUUCAAUACAGUGGUACCUCAGGUUACAGACGCCGCUAACCCAGAAAUAGUACCUUGGGUUAAGAACUUUGCUUCAGGAUGAGAACAGAAAUCGUGCUCUGGCGGCGCAGCGGCAGCAGGAGGCCCCAUUAGCUAAAGUGGUGCUUCAGCAGGUUAAGAACAGUUUCAGGUUAAGAACGGACCUCCGGAAUGAAUUAAGUACUUAACCCGAGGUACCACUGUAUUAACUUUCUGCAAGCAUGGUGGUUCUUGAGUCUGUUUGCAGCCGGUGAUCAAUGCCAAAGUACAAAACACAUGCAUGCUGUGACAUUUUUUGAGUGGUACACACUUGCCUGUAUAAAUUGAACCAUUUCUGUUCCCAAUGAAUACAAAUGGCCAUGGAGAAAUGAUUGGAUUCCCUUGAUUGGAUUUUCCCUUGGAUUUUAAUGCCAUGAUUCAUAUGCAUGUGUGGCUUUCCUAUUUGUGUUUUAAUGUCUGGAUACAUGGGAGUUGCUCUCAGCUGAGCCAGUACAGUAGCGUUAUGCAUGUUCAUAUACCUUGGUGGAUAUAUGUAUAUGCUCAAAGCGAUGAUUUUUGCUUGGCUUUGCAUUUCUGGAUACACCAGUGCUGCUACAGCUGUUUUACAUGUGUUUAUCACACAUUUUUGUCUUUCUGUUUGCUGUUGUUUGGUUGGCGUUUAUGGUUCCUCCUUUGUAUGUGUCAAGUUUGAGUGUGUGGAUCAACAUUUAAUGUCCUGCCAGGUAUUCUAGAAUGCAGUGACUGUCUGACCUGUUGCUAGAUGGUUAUUUUAAAAAAUACUUGGUAUGUGGAAAAUGCAAAUACAAUGAUAAGGGGUUCCCUAUCUAUUUUUGUAGGUACUGUAUACUUUAAUUGUUCUUUUAAAACUUCCACCCCCCAAAUUAGCUUUCCAUAUGAUGCUUUUACCGAAGGUGGUUCUGCCAUGAGGUUAGUGAGGUUUUUGUGAGAGAAUUUGCCUGAAACAAAGCAGUAAAUCACACACAGAGAGAUGCGCGUCAUGAUGCAGAGUUGAUAUAGUUUGGUCUGUAGAAGCAUAUUUUUUAGACCAAUGAAAAGUGAGCAUGAGGUGUUCCCAAGCUGUCCAUACACUCAGAUAAACAAUCAGAGCCUUGGAAAGGAUCAGGCACAAUGAAAUUGUGUAUGGGAGGGUUACAACAUCAUCUAUAAAACCGAGGAGUGUGUACACAGAAGUCAGAAAACUUAAAUAAGCAUACAGGUUUUAAAGAGCUGUUUAAAUGCCAUUACUGUCUCUGCUUCUUGAAUUACCUGAAGGAGGGCAUUCCAGAGGGUGGUAGCUACCACUUUUAUCCUAACAAAGGCCCAAUACUUUUUUGUGUAAAAAAUUGAGUGGGUUUUUCUGUCAGUUUAAUGAAAUUUAUUAGAGAAAUUUAUUAUAUCAAAUAUACCAGUACAGAGCAGUUCUAUACAGUACAUCAACUACACCUGGGGUGGACAAGAGAUUUGCUCCUGUGGCUACGCUGGUGGAACAACUGUCAUGUCCUAUCUUCCCUUUGUCGGGGGUGGGGAUGGCACAAUCAGAAAUCAGAAAACAUGAAAGCCGUGUAAAAAUGGCAGAUCUGGUUCUCAGCAUCCUUGGAAACAUGACCAUAGCCCACCAAUCAGGGAAUGUGCUGGAGAUGAUGCCCAUGCGUCACCCAUAUGUGGAGGGAGCCAAUUCAUUCAAUACUGGGACAGUGAGAGUUUCUUCCCCUUGUAAAUAGCAGGCAUAGUGUUGGGGUGAGCAGUUCCAGUCAGGACUGUGGCAAGGGCCCCUCCCCAUGCUGUGGCCCUGAUUCUGCUCCCCCACCCCCAGAGUGUGGUUAGGGAAUUUUAGAUUCUAGACAUAAUGUUGCAUUAGAUGGUAAUGUGUAUUACUUCACUGUCUUAAAAUAGGUAAGCCAGCUCUGCUGUGUUCAGGGGGCUGUUCUGCUCAGUGGGGCCCUGGAUGUCUGUCCUCAAUCCUGUCCUGAUGGCACCAAACUGCCCCCCACAACCUGCUGUUAGUUAAAGUAUUAUGAACUACAUAAUGCCCAACUGUCCCGUUUUAUGCAGGACAUCCCAGAUUGACAGAAGCCUCCCCAGCCUCUGAUCCCAAUCCCAGAUGUCCCAUUUUGGCCAGAGCACAGGACCAAAAGAUGGGCUUUUUUCUGUCCCACCCUGUGGCAUGAGUCAGUUGGCCCACACCAGAGUGUGGAAGAAAAUAAGGGAAGCAAUACCUACCUUGGCCCCGGGCAUUACUGCUCUUCCUCCUCCUUCCAUCACAGCACUUCUGGAAGCUGAUUUCUGGAAGUAUGUCUGUGGCGCUGGUGGAGGAGGCGGAGGCCAUGGACAAAGGUACAGUGGUACCUCGGGUUACAUAUGCUUCAGGUUAUAUACGCUUCAGGUUACAGACUCUGCUAACCCAGAAAUAUUACCUCGGGUUAAGAACUUUGCUUCAGGAUGAGAACAGAAAUCGUGCUCCGGCGGCGCGGCGGCAGCGGGAGGCCCCAUUAGCUAAAGUGGUGCUUCAGGUUAAGAACAGUUUCAGGUUAAGAACGGACCUCUGGAACGAAUUAAGUACUUAACCCGAUGUACCACUGUACAGUGGAGGAGGAUGGGUGGGCGGUGACAGCAAGCAAGGGAGGCGACAAGUAGGUGAGUGAUGGAGGUAUCGAGAGGGUGGCGAGGUGCUCCCAUUUGCCCUCAAUGGCAAACUAUAGUCAUGACUAAUGUCAUGCUUAGUCUGAUCUUAGUUUAACACAGUGGUGUCUAAUUUCUUGCCUGCAAGGAGCCCAUUCCUUGCCUGCCAAGGAAUCUCAUUGUGUUGAAAAGAUUUUUCCAGACACGUUCAAUGGUGCAUUUUCAGAUCACGAAGGGAGCCCCUGAAGUUUUGUGGCCUCACAUGGGCACAGAAUGCUCAGUGCUCUUCUUUCCUGUGUCCAUGUGCUGCAGAGAAAUUACUAGUGCUAAUGGCAUGCAAGAUUGUCCAUCAUUACUGGUCCAUCAUUACUGCUCCUUCCCCUGCUCUCCUGGGAUUAAUAUGAACCAGGGAUCAGCCCCUGAACAUGUAUGAAAUAAUAGUAGAGUAUGUAGACGUCCGUAUAGUUAAAGCCAUGGUUUUCCCAGUAGUGAUGUAUGGAAGUGAGAGCUGGACCAUAAAAAAGGCUGAUCGCCGAAGAAUUGAUGCUUUUGAAUUAUAGUGCUGGAGGAGACUCUUGAGAGUCCCAUGGACAGCAAGAAGAUCAAACAUAUCCAUUCUUAAGGAAAUCGGCCCUGAGUUCUCACUGGAAGGACAGAUCGUGAAGCUGAGGCUCCAGUACUUUGGCCAUCUCAUGAGAAGAGAAGACUUCCUGGAAAAGACCCUGAUGUUGGGAAAGAUGGAGGGCACAAGAAGAAGGGGAUGACAGAGGACGAGAUGGUUGGACAGUGUUCUCGAAGCUACAAACAUGAGUCUGACCAAACUGCGGGAGGCAGUGGAAGACAGGAGUGCCUGGCGUGCUCUGGUCCAGGGGGUCACGAAGAGUCGGACACGACUAAACGACUAAACAACAACACUGUAGAAGUAUGUUCAUAAUGCAUUUUCCUGGUCACUAAGUAACAUAAAAUCCCUGCAUAUGAACUUGGAAUUAUGAGAAUAGCACUCUUAAUCGGUAACAUCAACCCGGUAAUUAAUUGUUGCCUCGUUUUCUAUUCUCUCCCCUCCCCCACAAAAAAGUUUGCCUUCUCUUUAAUCCUUCUGCUGGCAAAAGUUUUAAAACUAGUAGUAACAUUUCAUUUUUUAUAUUGAUGCUAUCUCUAAAAAUGUAGGUGCCGUCAAGAGAGCUAACAUUGUUUUGAAGACGCAAAUCGUUAGGAGCUGAACGUGUUUGCAGCUGACUUUCUUUGCACAUCAUCACUGGGUGUAGUAGCGGAACGGUUUUGGUGUAUGUUUAGCUUAAAUUUGCCAACAUACACUGAGGUGUUAGAGAACUUUCCUAUCUGGUCUGUUUCAUUAUUUAACUUUCCAACCAAGCUGGCACUUUGGGUAGAGUUAGGAAAGUGAGGGUAUGAAUAUGUGCCUCUGUUUGGAGAGUUGAGUGCCUAUGUGAGCGUGGGCGAGAGAGGGAGAAUAUGAGUGUGAAAGCAUGCACACAUGUCCUCAGGCCAAAUAAAACUGGCAGGGUUCCUCACCUGCACAUCUAGGGAUAUAUGCUUCCUCAUGUGAGGUGUGAGCGCUCUUGCGUGGACCUUUUCCCAACCUUGGGUUUUGUACGUGUUCAUUUGAGCAAGGAGGGGAACUUCUGAUCUGUUCCAGGCCUAAGUCAUUAGGAGUCACUCAUACCAGAUAUUAUGCAGAUGAGAAGCAAAUCUCGUUUGCUCUGUUACACUCGGCAGGCAGGUGCAGCAAACCGUGGUGUUUCUAUCUUAAUCUGAGACGUGAUUUUCUAAAAAUAUGUAUGUUAGGUUCAUCGAUACAUGUUUAAUAGUUUCAUAGCAACCUAAACAAAACUUGGUGCUAAAAUUAUAAUCAUAGUAAAAAUAUAUAGGGUUGCCAUAUUUUGAAGAGCAAAACAGAGGCCACAUUUGCCAUCUUCUACUUAAUCCAUAAUUCAGUUACGCAUAUACAGCUUAGAACUGCUUAUAAUCAGAUUCUAAACACAUUGGUCACAAUUCGGCAUCUCAGAAUCAGAACAGGGCUCUGGAAUAAGCUAAUACAUAUUAUUAUUAUCAUUAUUAUUAUUUAUAUCCUGCCUUUAUCCUAGUUCAGGACUCCAAGCAGCUUACACAGAUAAAACAGCACAAGCUAAAAGAAAGCUCAUGCCAUAAUUAAAGUGUUAGUCUUCAAGAUGCUGUAAAAUCAUAAUCACCCACGUGUCAUUAAUAUAACUGCUACAAACGGUGAAUAAUUGUUUUAUUAAUCCCAUGUGGGUAAUUUUGAUUUUUUGAGUGAAAUAAAUAUGAAAAAUCAUAUUUAAAUUUGUUAAAUUGUAAUGAUUUUCAGCCCAAAGUUACUGUUAACAAAUUUCACUAAUGUGAUUUUGUGAAAUUUCGGUGUUUAUUGGAGCCUCAAUUUAAUUAGAUUGAAAUCACCUCCAUAAAACAAGUUAUUUCUAACUUUUCUUAUUUAAUUCUAAUACUGAAUCUGUGGUUCUAAUUUAAAUAGCAAUCAAUAGCAAUAAAUAACAAUAUGGGGGAGGCUUACAAAAUGUGGUUCACACUGGGCAUAAUUAUGUUUACUUACAGCAUGGUUUCCUAUUCACUUUCCAAACUGCAAUAAAUCUGAUUCUUUUAGAAAGUCAUGCUAGAGUAACAGAGUGCUUUGACCCAUUUGAACUGUGAAAGCGUAAAGUUCCAGGAGGCUUGAAUCCUUUCCACAAACCAGCGGCAGUCUGGAUGUGCCCAAAGAGCGUUUGAGAACCCUGUAUCCUAGAGCAGUUCAGAUGCUGAUAGCUUUGCUCCUCUCUUUCAGAAAUGCGCUGGCAGAUGGGGGAGCAAGUCCGAGGUCUGGACUCCCAGGCUGAGAGUCGGCAGCAGUUGCUCCAAGAUGUGGCCGACUUCUUGCGCCGGAAGGCGGAGGUGGAGCAAGAGUAUUCCCGGGGAUUGGAGAAACUGUCAGAGCGCUUCUCGGCUAAGAUUCGUGGUUCCAAGGAACACCAGAACUUCAGGUGGAGACGGGUAUAUGCUGGCAGAGGAGGUCCCAGGACAAUGAUGGUGGGGGAAUUGCAGAGGUGGUUGGGGGGCAGGAGCUGAGGACAGGACUACUGGAAUACUAAGUUCUGAGAACUGAAGUUAUUAUAACCUUCCUUUGAGAAGACAUGAGGCAUUCUGCACUGACAACACAUCAAGGAAUGCCUGAAUUAGCCUUUGUCUGAGUGAUUGUUUUAUCAUUUAAAAAUGUGUUCUUAAAACUUUCUGGUGGGGGUGAGCAAUGGAGGAAGAUACUGGCAAAUGCGCAGCUUAUUUUCACUUCAGUUUCUUAAGCUAAUUGUAUAGGUGUUCCAGCUUAGGUCUUAAUAUUUGGGUUCUUAAACAAGGUGGCACUUUUUGUCAGUUUCUCAGCCUUCUAUAAAUCUCACCUCUCAGGCUCCUCUAGCAGUGUAACAGGCCCAGGAGGUCAUCACAUCCCUUCCAACUGGUUUGGGAUUUUCCUCUUUCUAGAAGACCUCUAGCCUUCUUACUGGAUGGAGACCCAAGUAGAGUGUUCCCUCAUACCUUUUCUUCUCCUGUCCCCAGUUCAGCUUCCUAGUUUUUCUCUUGUCUUGUCUGUCACUCAUUGUCUUUUGAUCUUCCUUCUCUGGAUAUUGAUGUUUUCCUCAGAGUGGAUCUUACACAGUUCAGGAGCUAAACUCCUAACCAGCUGAAUGCCAAGAAUGGCAUCUCUCCAUUCUCCGCUGGGACUCUGCCCCCCCCCCCCACAGCUAGCUGUACCUGCAGCCAACCAGAGAGAGGCUCCAGACAGCAUUUUGGUGGAAUUCUGAGGCAUUGCAUCACCAAACUCUGGUCUGGCUGAGUUUCCCGUCACAUCAUCAUAUGAAACACCGUUUCUGUUCCACUGCAGUUCAGUUUCUGCAAAAACCUACAAUAUUCUUCUCACUGCAGAAUUAACUGACAUAAUUAAUUACAUAAAUUACACAAAUUAUGUAAAUUACAUUGUUGUUAUGUUAUUCUACCCCGUUUGUUACAAUGCAAAAGAAAUGCAGUGCAAAUGGGGGGGGGGAUAAUGUAAUCAAUUACAAAUCAUUUGCACACUGAAGGCAACAACAGCAUUUCUGUUUUUGUUGGAAUUCCCUGACAUCCUUAUUUUUUAUAUAGCCAUAUUUACAACAAAGAACCAAAAGAUCACAUUCAUCAUGAUACUUCCAGGUUACCCCAUUACUGUGCUGAUGCAUAAUUGGUCCCAUGGCACCACAGCAACAUCAUCCCCACCCUUUGAGAGAGAACUCGGAUCCUGCGUAGUUAACAAGCAGCUCCUGCAGAGCAGAUGGCCAAAUCUUUUCACUCUGAUGAGGCAACAGAAAGUGGAACAGGAACUCAGCGUUUGGCAUUCUGUGAAAAGUUAUACUUGUUAACUUCACAUGGUAUAUGGUGGGAGUGAGACGAAUUACACUAUAAACAUAUAUUAGUUUUACACUUGUUAGACCACUAUGGCUGCCGCCAGUGAAUCCUGGAAAUUGUAGUUUAGGAAGGGUGCUGAUAAUUCUGUUACUGAUUUGCAAGUGCCCUGGAUUUUGGGACUGACAGCCAAACCAGUUUUUAGCCUGUGGUGUAGGUAUGUCUGAGGAGCAGCUGUCACCAGUGAAUUGUGUGACAUUGUGUGUGCCUCUCCUUAUCAGACUUGGAACUUGAACUACAAGUUCAUAAGGCACAGCAAAGCUGUAGGAUACAUGGCUGGCCAUAAACUGCAGUUCCAACAAUUGACACAUGACCUGUGCUUUCUUUUUGAAGAGCAGGGCAGGCUUGACUUGAGACUAGCCAAGCAAGGGGCAUUGCUUUGAGUAGGCUGAGCACAGUGUGUCUGUUCACACUGGCACAGUCACCUCUGCAUCUUCAGAAACUGCUCACUGUCAGAGCUAUCCCCAGGUGCCUCCCCUAAGGAGGAAGGCUCUUGUCUUUAUUGACAGUGAGUGGUGUCAGAGACAGGGCCAAAGCCUUGCAAGGUAAUGCUUGGGGUAUCUGAUGGCACUGGGGAGGACUGUUGUUCUGGCAAUACACUUGGUUCUUCCCUCAGGUCUACACCACUGGGACCCUCUUCAGGGUCCAAGUCCUCCUGUGAGUUUUGACCAUGGCCUCCUAGCCUGUUGGGCUCCUUCCAGGAUCAGAGACCUCCAGCUUCCCAAGCUCCUCCUACACUUCCUCCUCAUUGACCAGUCCAUCAGGAUGUUUGCAUGAAGCUCAAGAGUGAAAUGUGUGCUCGGGGGUGAAUCAAGUAGUGAUCAGUGGUGACAAAAUGAAUAGUGAUAAUCCAUUAAAAAUAUUAUUGGAAAUACCCUGCUAGGACAACAGGAGACCAUUAUGUAACUUACAGUUUACAGAGUGUCGUCACUGCACAUGAAAGCAGCUAUUUAUUUAAAACAUUUGUAUCCAAUAAGGCUUUCAUAAAUAUUUUUAAAGCAAAAGACCAUGCAAAGACAAUCAAAGGGUGGAUGGGCCUGUCAAUCUGGGAGGGUAGCCCAUCUAGGAGAAGGAAAACGCUGAUCAUAAACCUCUACUGCCUUGCAGGAUAUCUUUGGGAGAAGAAAAGGCUAAGGAGUAAAACCUACACAGAUCUGGAGUAGAGGCCCUAAGAUGGUUGGAUGGUGCCUUGUACACCUCCUUCCGACAACUCCUGCAGCCAAGCUUCUGCCAAAUGUAUUGCUCUGCUUUCCUUUGGACCAUGUCAGCAAGGCCAAGAGGGGAGUCUUGACAUCUGGUCAGUUCAGGACCUCCAUGCACACUGCCCAGGCUUGUGCCCCGGGGAGGUCACUUUGGUGCUGCUAACACAGUGGUUUGAUUUCACCCCUGGAGGCACACUCCAUUGUCUCUUGAGGCAGACGGAUGCCAACAAGUGAAAAAGGAGACAUAAGUAAAAGAUAGGUCACUGCCCUGGAGAGUUUACAACAGGGAUGGGAGAGCCCAUGGCCCUCCACUUGUUGCUGGACUCCAUCCUCCAUCAUCUCUGACCAUCAUCUACAUCCCUGAAGGGUCACACAAGUUCCCCAUCCCUGGCUUACAGUUCAAAUUUAGAUAGUGGUGGAACAAAACAAAAUAAAAAGAAUCAGAGGCUUAGGAGAGACCAGGAGAAGGCACAAUAGAGGUGGGUAGUUCAUCUAGUCAAAGAUUAAAAAGCAUCUCUGCUUUUUCCCUGCAGGAAGGACCAAAAUCUCCCAUCCCCUCUGAAUUGUUGGUAUACGAUUCUCAACCAGACGCGGCAGGCAAGCCGGGAUCACGGAGCACUGAGUGAAAUCUACACAGGCCACUUGGCACUGCGGUUGGUGCACAUCAGUGAAGAUGUUGGGAGGCUGGCUCGGAAGGUAGGUAGUCUGGAUGAUAGAAGGGCAGGUUCCUGAUAAGGAAAGAAAAAAUGAGCUGUUUCCCAGGAUGCCAGGCCUAAAAUAAUGUGCCAUGUGGUGGCAGCUGCUGGGAAUUUAGCCCCUGCUGAAGCCACACUUUGUCCUCAGCCAGCUAUUUUGUUUGCUUUAAAACGGAAAUGUCUUAGAAGAAAGCCUCUCUUUGGGUCUUCAGCAUCUAUGCCACUACAUGCUCCCCAAUUACUUCCAGGUUAAUUUCAGAAGUAGUUGGGAACCAUUUUUGUUUGCUAGGCGACUGUGGCAAACACCUCCCUUAUUCAGCCCCUAAGCUGGGAAAACAGCAGCUGGGGAUCUCAAACAUGGAUGUAGAAGCAAAGAGCCAAUAAAAGGGGGGGGGGGGCAGGGUGUACUUAUGGAGGAAGGGGCGUAGUGUCACGGUUGCCCACCAUACCUUCUGGGCCUAGUAUGUUGUUUGUAUUUAGGCUCUUCUCAAGUUGAGUGUGUGUGUAAACUCUGACUACUGGACAGUCACUUGACUUUGGAUAUCACUGUCACAUAGUGGAAACUAUGGUUUACCACUGAUCUUAUCUGGACCUGCAUCUUAAAAAUAUGCACCAAGGUAGCCCAUGCGCUCAGCAAUGAAAAGCUGAAUUCUGUAAUUUUGGUCAAUUAUGGUAAUGUAUACACUGAAGUCCUGCCCUUUGACUGCGGGAUUGCCUGCUUAGAAAGACUCACACAGCUGAUAUUUAUUAAGCCUUAGUCACACAACUGCAAACUUAUUUCACAGCUAUAAGGAUUAGAAACUUGUUUUUAUUAAACAUAAAAUCUGAGAUUCUAAGCAUGCUGCAGUCCCAAAUUCCAUGUUUUUUCCUGUGCUUGUCCAGAAUCUCAAGACACACAUAGAAUACAUUGUGUUGACAUGCUCACCUUUAUAUUCCCUGAUCAGAGCAAAGAGAUGGAGCAGCAGAUGCAGGACGAGCUACUGAAGGCCAUUUCAGAGUUGCAGAUGGUGAGUGUCAAGCAAGAUCUCCCACCGGUGACCACUACCCUUCUGGGCUCUUGCAGUACAGGACCAGUGAUGGCGGUUCUUGCAGCAAUGGGCCUAGAAAGACUUUUGUUUGUGGUUGUCUUUGUAUUUGCUAGAAGUGCAUUUGAGUUUGGAGGGCAAAAUCCCCAUCUCUCUUCUAGGGAUAUUUGGUGGAUAUUGCAGUUUUUUUAAAGCAGUGAAAUGAAAUCUGCCUUGUGUUGAUGUUGUUGAGGCCAGGCUGUGACCACGGAUAGCUUUAUCCAAAUCUGGAGGGGGAAUGUGCAUGCUCAGACCCAGGGUCCCCAAGAUCAGGACUGUUCCUAACAGAAUAGUUAUCAGUAUGAGGAGUUUUGAUUGGCCUACUACUAUUAUUUGGAUGACAGUUUACUUCCAUUUCGUUGAUAUAUUUUGCCUUUUAAAUUUUCUGUUUUCUCUCCUGACGUUUUGAACUACUUAGAGUUUGGUUUGCUAUGGAAAAUCAGCGUACAAAUAAGUUAACGAUGCUGGUGCUCCGCUGACCAGGCUUCAAAGCCCGAGUGAGCGCACUCUCACAGGUAGCUCAACGGGGCAAUCCUAGCCUGCAGACUGUAAUGGGGUUCCUGAUACAAACCACGUCACGUGGCUUCGAAAAUGGUCAGGCUAAUGGUCUUUUGUACUUGGGUGAGAAGGCAGCCCCACCUUGAUUACCAUUUCAACAAUAUGGUGUGGUUACAUGAGCGUUGCAGGCAACUACAGUGGUGCCUCGCAAGACGAAAUUAAUCCGUUCCGCAAGAGUCUUCGUCUAGCGGUUUUUUCGUCUUGCGAAGCAAGCCCAUUGACGGAUUAGCGCUAUUAGCGCUAUCAGCUGUUUAGCGGCUAUUAAAGGCUUAAAGGCUUAGGGGAUUAGCUGCUAAAAGGCUAUUAAAGGCUAUUAAAGGCUUAGCAGAUUAGAUAAAGGGGAAAAGCGAAAAAAAUCUCAAGACUCGCAAGACAUUUUCGUCUUGCGAAGCAAGCCCAUAGGGGAAUUCGUCCUGCGAAGCAACUUCAAAACGGAAAACCCUUUCGUCUAGCGGUUUUUCCGUCUUGCGAGGCAUUCGUCUUGCGGGGCACCACUGUAUUAUAUUAUUUAUGACUAUUUAUAUAAUAGUCAUUAGGGACAAGCAUUGUUGUCCCGCAGAGAGGUCUUUCCUAGUGUAGCCUUAUGAGGCUUUGCCCUCGGGUGGGAAAAAUAUUGCGCCCGGGAAAGGGAAGUGGGAGUCAACAGACACUCAAGGAAUAGUUUCGGAGAAAAAGCUUUUAUUUCUACCAUCCAUGAACUGGUAGAAGGAGCAAGUGUGAUAGUUCACAAAAAGCAUGCACGGGUUCACAGUCAUUUGCACAGAGUAUAUAUUCCCCUUCCAGUUCCCUCCCCUUUCUCCUCCCUCAGGAGUCCUGCCCAUGAGUUCCUCUGAGCAUGAACAGAAAGCUGUCUAUUCAUUAGCUUUUUGAAGCCUUCUCGUAAUGGUUUUGCCCUUGCCACAGCAUCUUGUGAGAAAAGCAGAGAAGAGCAGAGAAAAGCUGUUUUGGAUUUUUAGAAGAGAAAAGGAAUUUUGGACAGUUUUGAGGCCUGGUUGGGGGGGUGACUUCGGGCCUAGGUGGGGUCACCUGUCCUCACCUCCUUCACUAGCAUAGCUGUCAACUUUCCCCCUUUUUUAAGGGAAAUUCCCUUAUUCCGAAUAGGAUUCCUCGCAAGAAAAGGGAAAAGUUGACAGCUAUGCUUUCCUAGUCCUGCUCCCAAGAUCCUUUCACCUGGGGCUGUCGGGGCUUUAUCGCUGAGCCCUGAGAGUGCAAGGCCUAGGCUCUGCCACGGAGCUCAGGCCCCUUCACAUGAACAGUCCGGCUCCUCCAUAGCGGCAGCCACCUCAGGCCACGGAUUUUUCAGUGCUGCUAACAUUGCAGAAGAAGGCAGUGUGGUAGGCAGGUGACAUUGAAUUCAGCUAGACAAGGCCACUUGGGGGAUAUGCAGUGAGGACCUUCUCUGCCCCUGGUCUGUGUCUGCUCCAAAGACUCUUGGCCCUGGUCUGUGGCUGCACAGGGGGCUGGAAGGCAGUUGGGGGCCUGCUUGGCGUGGCAAGACCUGGGUCUCCUGGCUGGCCAUUCCUGCUGAGCCUGGGCCAGCUGCGAGCCAGUCUGCUUUGGAUGUCCACUGUGUCCCUGCAGGCCAUGAAGUCUUAUCAGACGUACCGCAUGGACUGCCUGAAUGCAGAGGCGAAGCUGCGUGAGGCUGAGCGGCAAGAGGAGAAGCGUGGUGGCGGGAGGCAUUCUGACCCGGGGGGGUCCCCCGGUGGGGCAGGGCUGGAUAAGGCCCCCCGUCGCACCUCCCUCAAGAAAGUGGAGCGGCUGCUGGAAAAGGUAGGGGAGGGGGCCUCAUGGAGGUGGGUGCCUUUCUCGAAAUAUUCCAGAAGGUUCUUGGGGUAACAGUUGGCUUUUAAUAAUGAGGGCUACAGAUCCAUGCACACUUACUUUAGAGUAAGCCCAUUAAUGUUGCAGAAGUUAAUAAAUGUGCAUAGGAUUGCUCAUGUAGGCCAGUCUGUUUAUUAAAUAGUUUAACUUCAUUGUCUGCCUUUUAAACAGAUUGAAAAUCUAAUCUAAUGUGUCCUUUUGAGAUAUUGAGGGACUGUUAGGGACACCCGUUGCCUCAGCUUCCCUUUGUCAACAGAGGUCUAGAUCCCAGUGCUUCUCCUAUUUUCCACGGUCACCAAUCCACUCUGAAAUUUCCUGGUAGCUCGUGGUGGAGAAGACUUUGGUGUCAGAUGAUGCCAGAGACAGGAUGAGCUUUAAAUUAAGACUGCUGGCACAUUAAAAGGGGUUUUUAUGUUUUUAUUAUUUUUAUUUGAAAGCCACCUUGAGUCCUGCCAGGGGAAAAGGCAGGGUAUAAAAUAAAUAAAUUAGUUUAAAUAAUAAUAAUAAAGAUCUAUAGCACUGCCACAAGUAACUUACAUCUCAUGCAAUGGUUGGUCCUAGGUGUCCACAUGUAAAAGCAAAAGUGCGUAAAGCCAGGAACCCCUGGAACCGGCCCCAUCCUUCCUCUCCAGCUCUUUCAAGGUGCCUCAGAAGAGCAGGGGGUGGGUGGUAGCUGAUCUUCAUUCUGUUUCACAGGCACAGCAGAAAGUGUGGAGCAAGUCUUCACCCUUUGCGGACUCCUGCUCAUUAGUCCUCACGUCAGUCAGUGAGCUCCGGGCCACAGGCCACUUCUCCGCGGGGGCUGGCUGAUUUAGCUGCUUCGGCCCCACGCCUGCUCUGCGACCUCAUGCUCCUUGGCACAGACUGGCUGAGGCCAUCUCCCAAGGCUGUUUUUAUACAAAAGCUAACCCAUAUCUUAAAAGGAUAAUAACAUGGGUUACAUACUCUGCAACUAAACACAGUUCUUGUAAUACACUUAGAUAACCAAUGAAUCAUUCUCUGAUGUCAGUGCAACUCUGAACCUUUGUAGAAGCAGUGAUGGCCACCCUCUUGAAUGGCUUUAGAAGAAGAUGAGAUAAAUGAGUGGCUCUUUACCAUGAAUCUGUAUCUCCUUGUCCUUCCCCUCUAUGGUUAGCAGACUUAUAGUACAAGUCCUACUGUGUUCAGUGAGGAUUACUAUUAGGUAACAUGCAGCAGCCAUUGGGGAAGAUUAUGUGAUAAGAGGAUGUUGGGAGGAGAGGAUCUUAAAGGGGUUAAUUUGAAGCAGGAGGUGGUUAACUGUCUCUUGCAUCCUCCCCACCUUGUCUACCUAAACAAAUAAAGGUAGUGUAAAGCUACUUUUUCUCUAGCUCAAUAGUUUGUCAAGCUAUUGCUAUAGGAAUGAUGCUAGUAAGCAGGUAGACUUAUGAGGGGAAAUUGCUGCCAUUGUCAGAAAAGAACAUAGCCUGUACAGGAACUAGGUUUCUAACUGGGGAAGGUGGGAGCUGAUGGGAGGGAGGGCUGGCUGCAGUCUGAGCCUAACUGAGCCUCCUACAAAUUCCUGCAUCUCAGGAGAUUGGACUCGAUGGCUCUGGAGGUCCUUUCCAACUCUACAAUUCUAUGAUUCUAACCCCUGCAGAGACAGUCCAAGUUCAUGGAGAGCAAGCUGAAAUGUGCCAAGGCCCGGAACGACUACUUGUUGAGUCUGCACGCUGCCAAUGCUGCCAUCAGCAACUAUUAUGUGCGCGAUGUUGCUGACCUACUAGACGUGAGUCUGUCCUCCACCCAAGCUGGUGCAAGAACCAUAACAUUUGGCAGUACAAAAAUCAGUGCCACACAUUUUGUUGGGCUGUUUCUGUGCUGUGACAAUUUUCACUCUUUUCGUCACUAAGGGGAUGUCCACAUAACAACUGCAUAUUGGUUUUAUACCAACUAUCAUGGUCAAAUCAUGGGAACUGUAGUUUGGUGAGAACGUUGAGAGUUCUGUUAGCGCUGCCCAGCUACUGUCAUGGAACUACAGUUCCCAGGAUUCCUGGAAGGGUGGAGGGAGAAAGGAGUAUGACUGUCAAGCUACUUCAAGAGGCGCCAGUGUCUUUGCCAUGCCUUCCCUUUGAAUACUUGGCGGGUGUGCUUGAAAAGGCCGUGUCUUUAGCAGGUGAUAUGCUACCUUAGCAAGUAAUUUUCAUUCAUUUGAAAACACCAAGUUUCUAGCUCUCAGUUUAUAAUUCUAGCCCAAGUUUCUAGUUCUACAGAGAGGAGGGACCUCUGAAAAUAUACGGGCAGUUUUUGCUGUCAGGUUAGAAAUAUAAACUGGGGGAGUAGCCUUGUAAAAGGGUACGACUUCUCUGUUCAUCUCAGCUUCCUCUACUGUUAUAGGAUUCCUAGCCUUCAGAACAGGAGAAAGAAAAAAGCUAGACCAAAAAGAUUCCAGAUCCUGUCCUGCAAAUCAGGCAUAAUGCAUAAUUUGCACUGUGUUAUCAAUGUCAUUGUGUGUUAUGUUACAUAUAUUAUCAGACUCUGUUUUCUGAUAGAGACGUUUUGGUUGUAAACAUCUGCAUAGCAUAGAGAAAUUCAACAGGGGCAGCUUUCCUUCAUCAUGGGGCUAUCAGGACAGGCAAAGCUGUAUGCCUGCUGUAUGUUGCUGUCCUUCCUGCAUUAGGCAGCUAUUUAAGGCACAGGAACAUCUUUCAGAAAUAGAGUUGACCAACCCAUUCGACAAUUCGCUUUAGGGAUGAGUGCAAAUGUGGUUUUAAGGGUGUCUCUUUUGUCUCAUGCUUCCCAGUGUUUUGACCUUGGCUUCCACCUUUCCCUGGGCAAAGUGCUGAGGACUUACCUAGCAGCUGAGUCCCGGGCCCAAGCGGCUUGGCAGCAGGGCCUGUGCACCAUUGAAGGAGCCAUUGAUGCCCUGGACCCACUGGGGGACAAGUCCAGGUUGAUGGAGGCCAACCCUGCAGCUUACUGUCCUCCCCUGUGCUUCGACUACCAGCCUCAUGAGGGCGACGAGGUAAGGGGCUGCUCAUUCCUGGCUCCCUAUAGAACAUACCCUUUUGUCUGGUACUUAUUCUCUCCUUGCCAUCUUCAGGUGUCUGAGGUCCGGGCUGAGGGUCCCCUGAGAAAUGAACUAGUUUCCCGCUUCCAGCAUCUCCAGUCCCGUCUCAAUGCCAUCACCCUGGAGACAGACGAGGUGAGUGUCAGCAGAGAACAAAGUCAAGCCCCCUCCCCUCUCCUCUGAUUUGCUUGAGCCCAGAAAUUUCCAAAUGGUAGCCAUGGGUUCUGGUGAGGACGAACUGGGAUUAAUAUUGUGCAAGACAUAGGCCUAGUGUCUUCAGACUGUAGGCUGGAGUUCAGCUGACUGACUGCUCCUCCACACAAAGACAAAACAUUAAAUCAUGGCUUCACAUUUUAAAGAAAACACAUUUAGGCUGAAUUCCUUGCUGGGGAGUAGCAGUCUCAGACAGAGUGGCAGAGCUGCCGCCACAACCCUGCUGCUCACUCAGGCUGCAGUAGUGAUCUGGAAACACUCUGCAUGUCUUCAGAAGCAUUAAGGACAAACCACAGGGCUGAGUACUGGCUCAAACUAAACGCAAAUGAGCACAUAACCAUAAGCAGUGGGCCUGCAACUUACACCCACUUUACACCUACUACCACAACCUUUUGCAAGUGGUGGAGAAAUAAAUGAAUUAAUGGGGGGGGGACUUGAUAUUCCUCUGUCUCCAUUUAUUUAUUUCCCUACCACCUGUGCACCCAGUGGGUUUUCCUUGUUUGCCAGGCUCUGGGAAGGUCAAGUCAAGUCAUUUUAUUACGGUCAAUGACCCGUAUCAAGAUAAAAACACCAAUUACAAAAUUUUAAAGCUCAGCUAGAUAAAACUAGAUGAAACAAUAUAAAAUCACAUAUACAUUUUUAAAAAGCAGUUCUGCAUGGUCAUUUACCUGUCAGAAAGGAAACUCUGGGCUCAUAUUUGGGAAGGCAUCGCAAGGGCUCUGGGGUUUCCUUUCUGUAAGGUAUGUUAAGUUUCCCUCUGCCUUACGGGGGGGGCAGUUUUGGGGGUUCCUGAUUUUGCAUGAUUUUGCCUUUGUGCGCGGACCCCCAGAACAGACCCUGGUGGGCCAAGUGUAUUUGAUUUUUUUUUAUGCAAUAGUGAAAGGUAUCCUUUUGUAUUACACAGCUUUUCCUGCCUUUCAUGUUGCUUUCUGGUGCUUUUCUAGUCCUGGGGCUGUUUCCUUUCUUUUUGGUGAGGUGAAGGAAGUGGCUUCAGGUCAACAGCUCGAAAUUUCACAGUUGGCCUUCCGUUUGGUUGAAUGGAUGAGAGCCAGGGAUGCUUCAUGAUUUCGCCCUCACCAGCCAUGCAACGCUUUGCUUCCCCCAAGCAUGCUCCUCUUGGAGUGAAUGGCAGUUUCUCAUGAGUGUGGGAGAAAGUGAGGAAUGUCUGUGCAGGCACCAGUGGAUUUCAAGGGGUGGGGAGUCUUCUCCCUUGGUGACUUCACUUUCUGUUUUGCUUCCCCUCUGCUCUUGAUUGCUCUGUGGCAGCAGAGAUCAGUGGGUGUCCCUGGUCAGAGGAAGAAGCGCUAGGGGGAGGUUGUUACCUAUCUAGGCAAAUACUGUGUACAAACAGCUGCAAACUACACUCAGAAUCACUGCUGUACAGGGUGCUUUGUGGGGCUUUGUGGAAUAUUUUGGAAAACCCAAGCCCUUUGGCUUUUAUUUUAGGAACACAGGAAGCUGCCUUAUAUCAAGUCAGACCUCAUCCACCUCCAGUACGGAGGCCGUGGCUCUCCAGGGUUUCAGGCAGGGUCUUGCACAGCCCAGCCUGGAGACUCCACUGGGGACUGAACCGGGGCCAUUCUGCAUGCAAGUCAGAUGCUCUGCCACUAAGCCUCCUCACCCCCAAUAUUUGAGAUGAAUCUUAUUCAGAUAUAGAGCAUACGAAUGAACCAUGUCCCACAUUCCAUAGUGGUCAGUGGGAUUUGCUGAGAACUAAGCCCGCUGCUUUCUGCCUUCCGUCUGCCACAGCCCUGCUCCUUUUUAGCAGGAAGCCAUGUACACAUUUAAUAAGCCUAGAGCUUAACCUGCACUGCACCACCCAAGACCCAGGGGAUGUGUGUGUACACCAAUAUGUCACUUAAGACCUUACUAGGUAGGCAUUAUGGGGGCAAAUGUUUGGUCCCAACUCCACAUUUGCUGUGAUAAAACAGGGCAGCGGGGAGGCACAUACAGUAGUUAGCUAGCUUAUAGUUUGCCAAAUUUAUGAAUAUAUUAUCACAACUAAAAGUCUCAGCAAUUUAAAACAAGAAAGGAGAAGAUUAGCAAAUGGGAGCCCUCCUAUCAGAGGUCAAAGAAAUACAUAGCUAUAUGACAUUUAGAAGACAUCUGAAGGCAGCCCUGUUUAGGGAAGUUUUUAAUGACUGAUGUUUUAAUGUAUUUUUAAUCUUUUGUUGGAAGCCGCCCAGAGUGGCUGGGGAAACCCAGCCAGAUGGGCGGGGUAGUAAUAAUAAAUUAUUAUUAUUAUUAUUAUUAUUAUUAUUAUUAUUAAUUAUUGGAGUAUAACCCUUCCUGAUCCCACUGAUUUGCCAGUGUCAGCUGCCCCCAUGACUUACUUGGGUUUUGGUUCCUUCUUGUUGCUUUUUUCCUUUAAGAAAAGAAUAGCUGGGGGUCAUUUGCAGGGAACAAUUAUUGGGCAGGGGAAAGAUAAUCAUUCACCUUCCAUCCGCCUUCCCAGCUCCUUCAUUAGUAUUAUAAGGGAAACAUUCAUUCCCUUUGUUAAGCGCCAGCAGUCCACUGUCAAUGGCUCUCAGUGUAGAGUUUUCUGCUUCCUUCCACAGGUAAACAAGACUCUGAAGGCCACCCUGCAAAGCCUGGUGGACCUGUUGGCAGUGGAGGAGCCAGAAGCACUGGAUGCCUUUCAGGGCUGUCAGUCGACGGAGUCGCUCAAGUCUACCGGCUCUGACGCUGGUGGGAAGCAGGCCUUGGCAAAGCGCCGGGCCAACCAGCAGGAGACGGAGAGCUUCUACAUCAUGGUACCCAGCCAAAGAUUCUUAGAACCAUGAACAUUCAAAGCCGUUUUGAUAGAUGGUAUCCAAAAGGUGAAUCCCCAUGGCCCAAAAUGUGGGCCUGGCUGCUCAUCAGCCUCUUGCAAUUCCCACCUAUGCAGUCCAGACCACAACGUUUUGUGAUGGAAAGUGGUGCAUAAGUGAAAAGAGCAAGAGAGCCAAGCACAGGACCCCUUGCAUUUGACAUGGGAGCAGAUACCUUUCCAGGCUGUGGUCAUGCAGUGGAUCCUGCUCUGGAGAUCUCUCCCCGCCCCCACUUUUGAUUAGGCCACCAGAACUUAUGCCCCUGUUGGCCAUGGCAAGCCUGUCCCCAGUGAGGUCCCUUUCUCUUCUGCUUGCCUCCGGAAGGCUUCUCUAGGUCUUCCCAGGGACAGAGCUGUAAUCCCAGCCCCUCUUUCUGUCUUAGAGCCUGAGGUCUCCCUGCUAUCUUCUCUGAUAACAGACUUCUUGGUGUCUCUUGUGCAGAAAUUCAAAGAAUAUCUCUCCGGACGAAGCAUUCAAACCAAACUACAAGCAAAGCAUGACCAGAUGAAGGAGGCGAUAGAGAAGGGUGAGAACAUGGAGAAUAGAUUGCCAGUCUGGGCACUGUAGCCUUGGGCUAGAUGAGGCAUGGGAAUUCGGGAUGGCUUGGAGUACAAAAAUUACCUGUAGUUUUAUACCUGUUUAAUUGCCAGCCUUUCUUGCAAAUGAACCCAAGAGUUUGUGAAGUACUGAGGAUCUGAGCUAAGAAUCCUCCAGGCUCCCCGCAAAACUGUUGUCUCCAGGGUUUCUUAUAGGAAAAGUGAUUGCCGGUAUUCCAGCGUCAGGGUGAAGACAGAUGUCCCUUUUUAGAGUAGCUUUGUUCCCUCACCUCCACUCAUUUCAAAGACACACACAGCACGUGCAUCAAAUUCUAACUGUCUGACCAUCAUACUUUAGGAAGGCUGCCUGUUUCUCUUACCCUUCUCAAACUCCUAGCAGCUGGCACAUUUAAAUUCAGCAUUUUAAACUUAUUUAGGAUUUUACAUUGUUUUAGAACACUAUAAAAACUAUUCCAAGAGGUGAAGGAUUUGGCUUUUAUAGUUGAAAUGUACCCAGUCUUGCUUAAAAAAGCAGGAGAGGAAGAAGCCUCGUUUCAUUGGCUAGCUCUUGUGUCAAUCUGCAAUUCCACUUUCUGAGAAUGAGCAGGCUGUAAAUGGCAAAUGGAAGUGCUUCCAUCACAUGCUUGCUGAUGAAGCUGUGUACAUUUGUCUUCAUCAUAAAUUUGAGGUGUAGAUAUGGCCACAGAGAUCCAGGACUCCAGAUGCUAACUUCCCUGUCUUCUAUUUCCUUGCUCUCCCAGGUGCUGCUGUGGACCGAGAACUGGCCAGGUAAAAGGAAACCGAAGGGGUCAUGAAAAUGGUGGAUACUCACAUGGCAGUGUUGGGGGUGGAGAGAUGGGCACUCUGCGUGUUGCCCCUUCCCCUGUGCCCAGUGGGGCAGUGAAGGCUUCCACUGUGUAUUCUGUGGUUGAGGAACCAAGCAGAACUAUGGGAAGGAGUCCAGUUCCAGCUCUGGGGGAGUCUCUGACAUCUUCCUUCCUCCCCACCCUACACAAACCUUGGUUCUAGGCCACAGUCCCAGCGCGUCCGGCGUUCCCGCCCGCCCUCGUGCUGCCACCACAAGCUCUUCGGGGGUGACCUGCAGGCCUUUUUGGAGGUACUGGCUGCUGCCCUGAGCUAUGCCCUCCUGCCCAGCUCCUUCUAGCCCCGCUUUCUUGCCCUCUGCCUAGUACAAGAACUCUCUGCCUCCCUGGCCCUGCUUUUGCCUCUGGCUCUUCCCAGUCGCACCCGCUGCUCCCGCUGCUUGUAAUGUGCUUGCUGACUCUGUCUCUCCUGUCCGUGCUGCCCCAAGGAGGAGGAGGCUGCAGACACGGAAGCAGGUACAUGACUGGGGUGGGCAGGCAGGGGUGGGCAGGCAGAGCAGAUGGGACCAGCAAUGCGACAGGCACGGAGAGGAUGCUUCGCUAGUUUUUGUGAAGAGAGCUUGCACAUAUUUGUUGUGUGUAACUUGUGCACAAGUGUUUGUGGGAACAUGAAGUGCUGCCUUUGCAUGUGUGCAUGCUUUGCACACCGAGGUGUGUGAAGAUGCAUCCCUGCGGGUGCAUGUGUGUGACACUCCUCCCUGCUUGUGUGUUUUGGACAUGCUGCUUCCAAUCUCCUUUUGUUGUUCUUCUUUGUUUGCUUGUAACAGGGAGCUCUCGGCCUGCGCUUGUGAUGAAUAGCGACUGCAUGUUGCAACCACAUGUUACCCUGAGUGGAUGGCCCCUUCCAAUCCACUGACUGAAAUGGAAGGAGGAGAGUGUGCUUCAGAUUGCGGCGGUGGGGAGAGCUUUUGUCGGGUGGGAAAGGCUGGCCAAGACGGUCAGGGACAUUUUCCCAAGCCCUCAGAAUGGCUUGGGGAAAUUACCUAAGCUCCACCUCUGAUUUCUGGUAGCUAAAGCCAAGUCCUUCCCACGGAGGUGAGCUUGAGAGAGCAUGUACACUGUGCAACAUGUGUGACAUCACUUCAGGGAUAGAAGUGCACAGCAUGAGGGCAUCUCUUCACACAGACAUUUCCAGGAAGAGGGGAGCAAGACACACAGCGGGGUCAGCUCUGUGGCUCUUUGAACCUGUAGCCCCACCCAUGCACACCUGCAAACAAUAUUUAAUAAUAAUAAUAAUAAUAAUAAUAAUAAUAAUAAUAAUAUAUUAUUUAUACCCCAGCCACUCUGGGUGGCUUCCAACUGAAUAUUAAAAACAAUACAGCAUCAGACAUUAAAAACUUCCCUAAACAGGGCUGCCUUCAGUUGUCUUUUAAAAGUAAAAUAGUUGUUUAUUGCCUUGACUUCUGGUGGAAGGGCAUUCCACAGGGAGGGCACCACAACAGGGAAGGCCCUCUGCCUGGUUCCUUGUAACCUCACUUCUUGCAGGGAGGGAACCGCCAGAAGGCCCUCGGAGCUGGACCUCAGUGUCCGGGCUGGAUGAUGGGGGUGGAGAUGCUCCUUCAGGUAUACAGGACUGAAUCUCACAUGCAAAGAGCAGACAAUAGUGUGUCAGCCCCAUGACCUAUUCUUGUGAAAAAAUAAAAAAGGGCACCAACUUCCUAUCCCUCAUGGUGGUCCAGUAUCUUGUUUGGAAACCCCUAAGUGGCCUGACAGGACUGAGGGAAGUUAAUGUUUGACAUCCUGUCCUGCCAUGGUUCAUGCCCUGGUGCUCUCCAGAUCACCCCUGCUUUUGAGGGAGAAUUGCAUUCACUCUGGCACCAUCUAGUGGGAUUUCUAGGCCAUAACACUGUUCUUUGCUUUGUCAGUGCCAAUAAGCUUGAGUGUGACAUGACUGUAAAGACUCUUCCUCAUUAUUCAGAGGUCUCUCCCAUUUGCAGUGCAGGGGAAUGACAUGUAAAUGAGAGAUUCCACUUAUGCCUGCUUAGCAUUUAUUUUUUGCACAUCUGUAAGAGUCGCUUCUUCAUUGUUGUAGGGUGCAUAAUAACAAUAACAAUAGGAGUGGGUAUGUAUUUAUAACCCGGAGCUAUAUAAUAAUAUUCUGGACAGGGUGGAGCCAUUUUCCUAGGUGGGACAUCGUCAGAGCUGUGUAUAUACUGCUCUGAAAAAAAUAAUAAUUCUGCUAUAAGUAGAACCGAUUUAUUUGGCCUGCGGAAGUCAUGAAGGCGAAGGGAAAUUGUGCACAAUUCAUUCUGGUCUUGCUAACCUUGGGGAGGUGAGGAGCUGCAUAAGGCACUGAAGACCAGCCCCAGCCACUAGGAAUCUGAUGGACUGAUUUGCAUUUAAAUCCCACCCUUUCGUCAGGAAACUUAGGGUAGUGCACAUGGUGGCUCUCCUCUCUUUCCUCCGCUUUCCAUUUUGCCUUCACAGCAACACUGUAAGGCAGCUUAGGUUGAGAGACAGCAACUGGCCCAUGGCAGGGCAGGGGGAGGGAUCUGAACCCAGGUCUUCCCAUCAGCUGGUACUAGCUGGUAGUCGCUAGCUGGUAUAGCACUAGCUGGUAGUCGCUCUCUCUCUCUCUCUAUAUAUAUACAUAAGACAGAGAGAGAGAACCCUUGCUUUUUAUAGAGCUGAAGGUGAGAGAUCACCUGCUUGUGCCUUUGCAUGUCUGGGAAACAGGUUUAGGGCUUGAACACUAUGGAAAUUAUUAUUAUUAUUAUUAUUAUUAUUAUUAUUAAUAAUAAUAAUAAUAACAAUAAUAACAAUAAUACAAUGGUAAUAAUCAUAUAUAUAGCAUUUCCAUUAUUGCAUUUCUUAUCUCUUAUCCUAGUAAUCCUAACAGCAGCCCAGUAAAGUAGGUCAGCAUUACUCUUCCCAUACUGAGGAUGGGGGGCUGAGACUGGAGAGCGGUUGGCCUAAGGCCAAGUAAUGAUUCCAAGGCUAAGAUAAACUCUGAACUGGCAAUGUCCCUUCCACACUAUACUGACCAAGGGAGAAAAUAAAUGUAAUUACUGUAUUAAUACGGUAAAUAAGUAUAUUCACAAUCAAGAGUGCUGGGAACUUUUUUUUAAAAAAUGAAAGCUGGGAUUAUCAGGAAGCUGAAUUCUGCCCCCAAAAUUACGCUCUAUGCUUUUGAUGGGCUCCUGUGGAAAGGGAGCACCCACACAGUCCUGGUUCUGUGAUGAAGCUGCUCUGUGACAUUUUCCUUUCCUUUCCGUAACUCCAGAGCUCAGGCCAGGCUGUUCCCCUUGUCGUGGAGAGCUGCAUCCGCUUCAUCAAUCUCCAUGGUAAGCUGAGCCCCUCUCCCCUCCCAGCAAAUGCUUCCCUUUGGGGAUGUGGACCAGACUCCCAGGUUUCAAAAGGAUCUCCAGCUUGUGCAUAGCAGUGAGUGGAUCCCAGCAGUAAGGGGAAAUUUCCUUGCUGAAAAAUGUGACUGGGUUCUCUCCCCCGACCUGUCUUCUUCUCCCCAGGGCUCCAGCAUGAAGGUAUUUUUCGAGUGCCAGGGUCCCAAGCACAGGUAUCGGAGAUCCGGAAUGCCUUUGAGAAAGGUGAGUGAGGCUUCUUCUUCAUCAUUAUCAUCAUCAUCAUCAUCUCAUUUGUAUACUGCCCUUCACCUGAAGAUUCCAGGGUGGUUCACAACAAAAACAAAAGACAAAAUGAGCAUGCAAAAUGCGUAAUAAAAAAAAGACAAAGACAAACCAAUAACCCCACGUCCCCAAGGACAUUUAAAAAGCUGUAGAAUGCUAAUCAGCCAAACACCUGGCGGAAGAGGAAUGUUUUGGCCUGGUGCCUAAAGGUAUGUAAGGAAGGCGCCAGGCGAGCCUCCCUGGGGAGAGCCUUCUGCAAGUGGGGAGCCACCCUGAAAGGUGAUGAGGUGUGCAGCGGAGAGAGAGGAGCAGAGGGCAAAUUUGAUGAGCCUUAGAGUUUGCCAGAAGGAGGGGAAAGGGCAGUGGUGGGGGUCACAGUUUCCCACGGGGCACAAAAUAAUGAGCAGAGGAUGUACAGCAGCCUGGAGUCAGGGGAGAAAGGACUUGGAAGGAUGUUGCGCCAAGGGAGGAGGGCGUAGCUGAUGUGCAGGUGAAGAGCGGAGUCAGUGUGCUGGCUCUGGAAGGAGCUUGGGCAUUUAACGUGAGCCAUGAAGCCUGUUUCAAAGAGGCGUUUUCUUCAUUGCCUAGUUCUCAAUUUAUUUUGUUUACAGUAUUUAUAUGAUGCCCAAUAGCUAAGGUUCUCUGGGUGGCUAACAGUAAAAGUUUACUCCAUAGCUUUCCUGCAGAUAAAUGGGAUUAUUAGUGGGAGGUGAUUCUAGGCUAAAGGGAAUGCAAGAUGUUACCUCAUAGCAAGUCCGACUGUUGGCCCAUCUAGCCCCCUAUUGUCAACACUGACUGGCAGGGGCUCUCCAGGGAUUCAAACAGCCUGGGGUCUUUCCCAACCCUGCAUGAAAAUUCCAGCAGUUGAGCUUGCAUGUAUGUGCCUAUGAAGCCUGGUUCUACCCACUGAUCCAUCGCCCUUCCCCUAGGACGACUUCCUCUGCAGGCGCUUCCUCUGAAAGACACCCACCUUUCUCUCCAAAUCAGUCACUCUGCUUUGACACAAUUAUGUAUUUAUUGCUUCUAUAGCAUUCUCUUUUUAAAUAUCAUACCCCAAAGGAAUACAAUUUCCAUGCACAAUUCUUUCCUCCUUUAUGCUCACAACAGCCCUUUGAGGUAGGUUAGUGGAAGAGGCUAGUUUGUCCAAGUUCAUCCAGGAAGUUUCAUGACUGAGGAGGAAGGAUUGUAAAGACACUCUCCCGCGUCCAAAUGCUUUUGCUCCUGCAACACAGCGGUUCAAAGAUGACCAGUAAACAGAUUUAUAUCCCGCUCUUCAAGUGAAAAAAAUUGUACCCACAAAAUUAUGUCACGACAUAAUAAAAUAUAAAUUAGAGUCAUUUAAAACUUCAGAAUAUUACUUUAAAAAGUGCAAAUGUAGCAAUAAUUCAGAACAGCCUAAACAUACAAAACUAGAACAUAGCAAUGUUUCUGGAACUCACUGUACCAUCAAUCACUGAAGGCCAAAGUAAAAAGAUGGGAGAAAGAUCUUUGGGCUAAUGAGAGACCAUGUGAUAAGGUUAAGAAAGGGAUUGCUGUAAUGACUGCUCCCUCUUCACCAGGCGAGGACCCACUGGGAGAUGGCUACAUGCACCAUGACUUGGAUUCAGUAGCUGGAGUGCUGAAACUGUAUUUUCGGGGAUUGGAGAAGCCACUCUUUCCUAGUGACAUUGUCCCUGAGCUGCUGGCAACAGCCCGUAAGUUUGUGCGCAGAUGUGCAGACCCCUGUUUCAUUAUUCUUGUUUGUUUGUUGAUAUAUAGUGCCUGUAGUAACUAGGAUUGACAUUAUGGCACACACGUACUUGAUCCUAGUACAGCUUAUAGUCCCCAAUGUUGACAGUGCGGUACAGAAGUGACAAACGGAAGUGAGGGGAAAGAGGAGCAGCUUUUGAGCUGCUGAGACUCUCAGCUGGGCAGAAUGGAAAAGCCUCUAGGUCUCAGCUGCUGGAACAAUGGCAUGACUUAAUCAUGGAAACAUUUCAGAUACUUCUGAAGGUUAAAGCACAAAUAAUACACCAAGAAGCAAGAGGAGGAAGACCAAGAACUGGAGACUUCAGCUGUGUGUUUGUUUGCUCAGCAAGCUUACAAAUCCUGACUCAAGUGCGGGACCUCAUGGCCUCUUUCUUUGUGUGUGUGUUUAUGUGAAUCCAAGUCCAAUACAUGCUGCCCCCUCUGAUGGUCUCUUCUCAGAACUCGAAUCUUCGGCCGAGCGUAUCUCCCACCUCCGGGCUCUCCUUUCCCAGCUCCCACCUGCUGUGUUGGUGGUCCUGCGGUACCUCUUUGCUUUCCUCAACCAGUGAGUAUGCAGGUGCUGGGUGGCCAGAUGGAGACGGUGAGAGAGAGCGCUCCCUGGGGCUAGGAGGCCCCUCCCCUGUAACACACACCUUCUUCCCCCCUCAGCUUGUCUCACUAUAGCGAUGAGAACAUGAUGGAUCCCCACAACCUAGCUGUGUGCUUUGGCCCUACCUUGGUGACCGUCCCUGCAGGCCAGGAUGCUGUGUCGGUGCAGCCCCACAUCAACGAGGUGGUUAAGUGCCUGAUUGUGCAUCACGAGGCCAUCUUCCCUGGGACCAGCCAACUGCCCGGACCCCAGUAUGAGAAGGUCAUGGCCCUGGCUGAGGAGGAGUACUGGUAUGAAGGGGCGAUGGGGAGAGGGUGGGUGCUGUGAGCAAAGGAGCAGUGAGGGGUUGUGUGUGUGUGUGUGUGUGUGUGUGUGUGUGUGUGAAAUUUGCAUGUGGUUCAGCGCAGCUGGUAAUGCUCAUUCCUCCGUCCCACUGGAAAGACCCCUGCAAGGAAAUGGUAACUGUCACACUCUCUUAUUUCCCUCCUUCUUGCUGACAGUGAUGUGUUGCCACUGGAGGCCACAGCAGAGGAGCCUGAGACGGAGGGGACCCCCGAAACACCAGCUAGCGAAGAUGGUGAGUGGUGGGGAGUUAUGUGCAGCUGGGGUUACCAUAUGCCCCAGAUUGCAGCCUAUGUGGUAGGACCAAAUCUGCCCAUCAUCCCAGUUACUGAAGGCAGCGCUACUGGACUUGGCCUGGGUCACAAAUGCACCCACAGAGAGUACUGAUACAUAUAGUGACCAGCCCAUCUCCAGGUUGUCACAGUAAUAUUAAGUGAGCACCCCUACAGUAUACAUUAUUCCAACCCAUAAAAUAACAAUGGACAUUUCAGAAGCCACUUGAAAUAAUAUUUGACCUCCUGUUUAAUAAUGUGUUAUGGAUGCCUCCUCUUUUUUUUAUGGACACGCAAGUACCCAAACUGGCUAGAUCUGCUUUGUCACCAAGAAUUCUCUGGGGUCACAGUCUAGCUCAGGCUUUGCCUUGGCAUCUCUCGCAAGCAAUUGACAACUACCCUGAGGUGGGAAAGAUCCUUGGGAAGAGCCCUCAGUCCUCCGUUUAAGCCACCAUGUUUCCUUUUGGGAUCUGCAGAAACAUCUUUCCCAGACCCAAAUUGAGAAUAUGUCCAGCUUCUGGUCUUGUGCCUUCUUGCCCUCCCAGAGUGUGACUCCCAGUCCGAGACGGUGCCUCGCUCUGUUUCUGCGGUUCAGCAUGAGGAGCGCUUUACGCCACAGCGAGUGGGCCCAGUUGGCUGGCGGCGAGGUGAGCGUGGCAACAACCGGGGACUAGUGCCUCCCAUUGUCCUGCCUGACAGGUGAGUGGCACACCUUGAAGGGAAGACCUGGGGAAGAGAGUGGCAAUUGGCCCGUGUGAAGAGAGUUACUUACUCCUAAACUGUAAAGCUAGGUUUAAUGAAAUAAGCUGGAGAAGUGGAAGCAUCAAGGUAGCCGGGGGUGAAGUCUUCCCGAAGUCCUCUCUGCUAAUCAGCCAAAGCACAUUCAAAGCACUGGAUGAGUGCACUCCCUGGGAUGGGUGCUAGUGGGUCCCUAACUCUUCAUCUCCCACUGCAGCCUCAGUUCAUAUCACUAUAUAGAUAUGGUAGCUCAGUGACAGAACUUUGCAUGCAGAAAGAACCUGGUUUGAUCCCUGGCCUCUCCAGGUCCCACCCAGAAGAGAACCCUGUCUGUAAUCUAGACAGCGGCGGUCAGUCCAUGUAGACAAUACUGACUGAGGUGGACCAUUGGUCUGAUUCAUUAAAAGGAAGCUCCCCUGUGUUCCUAUGCUGUUGACACUGGGAACGCAAGGGAGGAGCUCCUUCUCAAAAGCCAGUAGAAGGCACACGGGGCCUGGUCGAGAUGAGGGAUGUGGCUGGGGGCAAAGAACUAAAGCUACAUCCCUGCCCCCCCCCCGCCUAAUAUGCCUGCAUUCUGGAUUCCUCUCCCCUUUGACUGCAAUUUACUUUAUAAAAAGCCACUUGCUAAUUGCAUGAAUGGCGUCCUGCCUGAAUGUUGGGGUGUCUCCACUCUUGGGCUGUUGUUUAUGCCCCACAGCAACUGCAGUUCACUUGUCUUAUUUGGAAGAAGCGUUCAUUCCCUCCCUCUUGGGGGCGGGUUUGCCAAAAGAAGUUUAUGGAAACCUCUGGCACCAUCAACUGUCCUAUUACCACAGCCUUCGUCUUUAUCGUUUCUCUGGGGCUGUCCUACUAUAUACAGCACCUCAUUGUUCCAGGCAGCUGGUUGUGACACCUUGUAAAUGCUUUCCUGUUUUGGAAGGGAAACCCUUUCCUUUGCUGAGGUGGCUCUUUUUACUGCUUUUGACAAAGAACGGCUGAAGCCACUCAAGCAGGCUGCCAGUCACUAGCUAAUAUGCUGGGCCACAGCAUGCAGGUUCCUGUGGGUCACUUGUGGGAUGAGAAGUGGCGCAAAACGUAUGAGUCAUCUCAGCGGGACUACGCAGGGCCUCCCCUGCAGCCCUGAAGCCAUGCCUGGACUCAACUGCAGAACAGAAAGGAGCUGUUUACAAGACAGGCCACGUUUACCACUGACCAAUAACCGCAGCCUGUGGGGAAGGAAAAGGGUCUGUGGCUUCCCUCAGUCCAAUUAAGGUUGAUAUGGAUUUCCUGGGCCAAAUUACUUUGUGGGUGAGUUGGAGCUGGGCUGCAUUCUCCUCUCUGUAUUAUCGGAGUUCUGCAUUUUGCCCAGAACCCACAAGUGCAUUUGUGAGUUAAAAUGUGCCUGCCUCUUUAAGGAACCUUUUGACCUUGUUCCAAGAAGCAGCUUUUUACACAGCUGAAGAGCUGUGAUGUUCUGUGAUGGUGCUGUGCCAGGCCUGGUCUAGGCAUGCAGGAGCCUGAGGUCAUAGAGUCCUUAGGUGGCAGAUUGGGCUGCAUUGGUUCAGCUGGGGGUGGGAAAUGACAUGAAGAAGAAGAAGAAGAAGAAGAAGAAGAAGAAGAAGAAGAAGAAGAAGAAGAAGAAGAAUGCCAGUCUAACAGCAAAUUAUACAUUUUAGAUAGAUUUUUAAUAUUAGUAUCUAACAACUCCAUUUCCAAUUUGGUUUUUUCCGUUGCAAAACCAUUUUUCUUAUCAAGCUUAUACAACUCAUUGAUCUGAUAAUAUUGUAACCAUCCAUCCAGUUUAUCUUUAAUUUGGUCAAAUGGUCUUAAUUUAAAUCCUUCAUUGUGCAUGGAGUUCUUUUAUGUGAGAGAAUGUUUUUUAAAAGGCAAGUUCCUCCAUUUGCAGCCUGAAGUAGCACAAUCCAAUCUACCACAUUGGGACUCUAGGGCCCUUAUUUUGCUGCCUCUGUCUAUUUAAAAAGUAUACUGCCCUUAAAUCAUAAAUUUCCUGGGUAGAUCAACUAACAGAAACACUGAAAAACAGUGCUUGAAAUGUUCGUGGCCCAGGGAGCAAGGAGGAGUAAUACAUUGGAGGGUAAAAGCCUGGUAAAAGCAUAGAGGGGUUUGAUAUAGAAAUAUAUUAGUGUAGGCACCAGGCGGGCCUCCCUGGGGUGAGAAUUCCACCAGUGAGAUGCUGCUACGAAAAAGAUGCUCUCCUCAGGGGCCCUUGGUGGGUUUACCUGAUACAUAACCUCUGAGGCUGCUUGAUGUGAGAGAAGGCAAUCCCUCAAGUUUCCAGGUCCCAAGCCAUGUGGGGCUUUGAAGGUAAGCACCAGCACUCAGCUGCAUGUGUAGACCAAGAUUCAGGAGGAAAGUCCAUGGAUAUUUAGAACUAAUGGGCAACAGAGGGUCAUAAAGGUACUGGAAACAGGUGCCCCAUGAUGCUCCUAUAUAGUGACUUUUUAUUUCCAAGAGGACUAGAGACUUAGGGUGCAUACACAACAUACAUGGAAAGUGCACAAUUUCCUCCAAAUAAUCGUGGGAACUGUAGUUUGUUAAGGCUAUUGGGAAUUGUGGCUGUUGGCAGGGUAAACUACAGUUCCCAUGAUUCUUUGCAAGAAGCAAUGGGCUUUAAAUAUAUGAUGUGUAUGCCGUGGCAGAAGCUUGUUUGUUUUAAGAAAAAUAAAAGGGAAAAGAGUCAGGGUCCUUACAGCAGUGGGAGUGCUGGGUAGAUGCCCCUCUGUGCUGAAUAGUUACUUCAGGACUCCCUGUUCCUCAUGGGUGGGCUAAGCGAAGUUAGUGUUUGCAGCUCCCCACUGUGGCUGUGCUCUGAGGACCUCUAGAAAGGUGACUGUGGGGAAGCACCUUAGGCUAGCUCGGGAGGAAAAUUCCUCCCACCGGCUUUUUUUAACAAGUUUCUAUUUCCCCCUGUCGCUUACCCUGGCAGCGAGAAACAAUCUAGCCCCCGGAGUUCCAGGUUAGAGAUUGACACGGGACCCUCUGUGGAUGAGCCGCUCCCUGAACCCGCCAGCAGGUAGGAGAAGGUGUGGCAGACAGACCUCUUCCCAGGAAGUGGCAGCAUCUCAGCGCUGGCUGCGUGGUGGAGGAUGACGGCACCUGUAGGAACGGUUGCAUUCCACCCCAGAGAUGGCUGUGCCUGGGCACCUUGGGGCUGGAUCCGUCUUAUAAGCAGAUGCUCUUUCUCUCUCUUUCCCAGGCUGCGGAUGAAUUCGGAUGCGGGUGGUGGGGGUCGCCAGCGUGGUGGCGGGAGCAGCCCCAUCCGCAAGCUGGCAUCGCCCUUCAUGGAUGGGGGCCGCCUGUCCUUCCCCCUCCUGCAGCCUGCCCACUCCAGGACCUUUCACCCAACUGAAAGGUGAGAGCAAUGAAGAAGAAAGCAUGGGUAGGUGGGUGAAAUUCCUCGUGGUUGCAAAUGUAUGUUAGAUGGAUAGCAAUCUCUCCAUGUAUGAUCUAGUUGAGAUUCCUGCAUUGCAGGGGGCUGGACCUUCCAACUCUACAAUUCUAUGACUCUUGUAUUAUCAGGUGUCAGGGACUGGCAGGGUGUGUAGCAGAGGCAGGGGAAGGGCUCAGCCAUUUGUGGGGUUUUGUGCCUCCCACGAGGCAGGAGUCGGGGCUGGAGGAAGGGAAGAGGCUGAGCGGUUGGAGACAGGAGAGGAGGUGCAGAACACGCCAGGAGCAGAGGAAGAGACAUGUCCUUAGAGAGGUGGCUGGUAGAAUCCCCAAUCCCCUCAGUUCUCUUCCCUGCUGUCUCCAAGGACCAGGAGGGGUUUGAAGAGGCAGGCACAGUGGCAACAUCCAUGUAGGAGAAGCUGCAGGCUGUUUGCACACAUCCCAUCAGGCAAAAGUACCUAAGUUUGGGUGGAGAUGUGGUCGCCAUUCUGCUCAACAGCUUGGAGCACUAGCCUGGGGAGGGGAUGCCAGCUGCUUAGCCACCAGAAGCGUACGUGAGUGUUCGGUGCACCUUAGGAGCUACCACAAGUUCAUGCUUUGUAAUAAAGAAUUAAACUGCUGUCUGUCUGUCCUCCUUCAGCUGGGUGUGCUCAGGGCAUCAGAGCUCUAGUAAGGUCCAUGGGAAGCCCUUGCCCAGGGCAGAAGAGAAGGAGGUGGGUUGCUUCUCAUUAGAAUCAUAGAAUUGUAGAGCUGGAUGGGACCCGAGGCUCAUCUAGUCUAGCUUCCUGCAAUGCCAGAAUUGCCACUAAAGAAUCCCUGAUAGACGGCCAUCCGAACUCUCUUUUGAACCUCUCUUCAAACUGCAUUGAUGAUACCAGAUGGCCUGGGAUCUGGCCAGACAGUAAGAGCUGUUCGACAGUGGAAUUUGCUGCCAAGGAGUGUGGUGGAGUCUCCUUCUUUGGAGGUCUUUAAGCAGAGGCUUGACAACCAUAUGUCAGGAGUGCUCUGAUGGUGUUUCCUGCUUGGCAGGGGGUUGGACUCGAUGGCCCUUGUGGUCUCUUCCAACUCUAUGAUUCUAUGAUUCUAAGUGACUCCACCACUCCGGCAAUGUAAUAGUCGGGUCUUUGGUUAGAUCUACAACCUAUGCAGCAGAUGAGGUGGCAGAGUCUUGGAGUGGUAAAGUGACCGUAGACAUGAGAUUCUCAUUUUAGAAUCAAACAUAGGAAGAAGGCUUAUAACAAGGAACACCACUGGUCCCGCUAGUUCAGUACUGGCUACAUUGACCUGCAGAAGCAUUGCAGGAUCCCUGGCGAUGCUGAGGAUGGCCCCGGGGAUUGCAUGCAAAGCAGUUGCUCUGCCAAUGAGCUGUGUCGCUGUCCCAUGGAUGCUUCCUUACGUUAAAACACAACAAAGCUCACUGCAAGUCGAAAUCAUAUAUAUAUAUGGUUUUCCUCUGUAGGCAGAUUGAAAUGGAACAGUCCAUUCUGCCAUCUCAUUCUGCCACUGCUUGAGUGGAUCCAGCCAUAGGGAUCCAUUAGUAGGGAAAGAAGAAUCAGAUGAGCAGCAGAGGUGCAGGUAAGAUGAUGCUGGAAAGAUCAGGGAGAGUUUGGCGAAGUGAGUUUUAUGCUGAAGAGUAACAUCUUGCUGAAAACAUAAGGAAUGCUGUUACUGACAUCAUAAGCUUGUCAGAGCAGUGUCAGGAAAAAACCAAAGGAGGCAGGCAGUACUUGAGUUUGUAUGGAACAGUGAUCCAGAAUAGAAGUAAAGGCAUCUUACCUCUGUUAAUCUGUUCCUGUGUUGCACAAAGAUAAGGAAUAUCCCUCCAUAGAUUUAUAGUGUAGCCUCUCUCUCUCUCUCUCUCUCUCUCUCUCUCUCUCUCUCUCUCUCGUCAUUGUGGUUAGAGAAGUAAUUUGCAAAAUGCAAAGGCACCUUAAGUCUCUAGCAUACUCUUCCCCCAAGGAAGUGUGCCCUGUGACCCUGCCCAUAACUUCCCAUCACUCUGGGAAACGGAAGCGCACAACAACAUAGCUGAGAGGCAAGCAGAGAAGUGCAGAGAUUUAACUAUGUGGACUAGAAUCCUGAUGAUGCAGUUAGCGACAAUAGGAGGUCUUAAAUUUAAUACUCUCUUCUGUGCUGUUUGCUUUGCCCCAGGCCAGAAGUUAGCCCACGGCCCUGGGGAGUCAACAGCUCAGAGAGGCAGGGGCCGAUGGAGAAACGGGUGGAAGUAGAUAAGGUAAAGUGCCAAUCAUUUUCUCUCUUUCUCCCCAUAGAACAUUUCUUCUGCCUCUGCAGUUCCUCCCCCCCCCCACCUGCCCUGCUCCCUCACCAGUCUUUUUCUCUAUUUCUCAAUUUUUAGGAGGUUGCCAGAAAUAUGGAUUCUGUGUUCAAGGAACUUCUUGGAAAAACUUCUGGCUUGAAGCACAUGGGGGCUGACGAUGCCCUCCCCCACCCUGAGCAGCCAGAGCCCCCAAAGGGCACCCCCGCUGGCAAGAAGGGAGCCAUCCCUGCCAAAACGGUCUCUUCGAACAGGGUGCUCCUGCGGGGCAGAGGGGUCUUCAAAUCCUCUGGGAACGGAGAGUGAGCCAGACUUGGGGUGGGGGGAAGUGUCCCCAACAUGUCUUGCCCAAUACUGUGAUAAUCUUCCCCUCCCCCUUCAUCUUCUGAAUACCAACUCAGGGCAGAUGUGUGAGUCUCUCUCUCUCUCUCUCUCUCUCUCUCUCUCUCUCUCUCUCCUGUUACAAAACCAUUUGGGAGGGUGGCGAUCUGAUUUUUAUGGGAGUUUAAUUUCAAGCCAAAUGCGUUAAGCGGAAUUUGCUAUCCAGUGUCCUUGUGCACCCUGGAGGCGAGUCUGGAAGUUUUAAUGUUGUGGAUUCGGGGUGUGUGUGUCGGGGGUGGGGGUGGGGAGCUGCUUUAAACAUAUGGCAACUUUUAGGAUUGUCUGCCCCCACCCGUUCUGCCUCUCCUCUGCUACCCAUGGUUUGCACUUGGAUUUGCAUGUGAAAGUGGUGAGGUGGGGGACCAGGAUUCCUUUGGAGCUAUUCUUGGCUAAGGGCGGGUGGGGGGGGGGGGGCUAAUAGUGACUAGUGUGGGUUACAAUGCAAGGUGUUGAAAAGGAGGAGUCUCUCUCUUGUAUGUGUGUUCUGUUCCUGACAUGAUUCACACAAGCCCUCGCCAGCUGUGUUCUCUUCUUCCCUCUCUUCCCUCCCGCUUUCCAACCCCGCCAUGUAUCCCUUGGUGCUUCUCACAUUUGUCUGGAUUUGUAAAACUCUCCCCCCCCCCACGCUGUCCCCGGUGCAACCUCAUCCCUGUGCGCAUCACCCUUUUACAUUGGGGCAAUAAGUAAGGGGACAUAGUUGGGGGAGGGCAUCCAUGUGCCAAUAUUUCCCUUGCAUUCAAGGAAGGUCUACUCUGUUCCUCUCUCUCAUUUUUUUAAAUAAAAAGUCUGAGCUGCUCAGUAUUAAUCAGGGCUGUGUGUAACUCUAUGCUUUAAAAUUCUGUGCCAAGAAAAGCUGAAUUCUUCAACCUGUAUAAAUUAUGCAAAUCAAGCAAACUUGCGUGGAGUCUCUUUCAUAAUUUAUUCUGCUUGGGCUAGUCAAAAAGAGGGGGAAGCAUCUGUACAGUGCUCUGAGAUUCCCCCCCAUGGAAAUCUUACUAAGCCACUCCUGUGGCUUCUAAAAUAUCAACAGGCUUUGGACCAUACACUUUCAAGCAUAUCUUUGCAGCCAUUAAGGCUAGAAACUUGCUUUAAUUUUUUUUUAUUAAAAAAAUACAGCUGAGAUUCUCAGGAAGUGGAAUUUGGUGGCCAAUACCACAUCCUGUGCCUUUUUGGUUCUCUCACAGAAUCACAGCAUACACACAGCCCUGGUAUUGAUUCUCUUCUCCAUUACCAGAAACAAUUCUGUACUGUGAUCUCCCCCUGCUGUCUCUUGCAAUAAACUGGAUUUGUAAACUCUCCGCAGAAGCACCCUCCAGCCGGAAUUUUUUAUGGAAUAAACACGGCACUGAAGGAUCUCUUGGGCUUUAUUUUCAUACAAUGCAGAUUUGUUUUUGUUUCUUUUAACAAAAGGAAAAUAGUCACCUUUCUUUUCAAAGCAGGAAUUGACACUAGUGGCUGAACUUGGAUUUUUGUAACUGUGCAGU